UGGAUUUAUUGUUUUUGUUGUACGUCAUGAACAUAGUCGUCACGCUCCGUCCUCACGCUCCGUCCUCACGUUCACGCUUGUUGUGGUUGACUUGGAAACCGUCGCAGCGUUGUUAGUGAAGUUGGAGGACAGCACAAUCACUGCAGGAAUGAAAGCCUUCCUCCCCGGAUUACUUUACUUUUUCUCUCAGAAUGAGAGACAUUACGGGGCCUGAGAAUGCCAGCAGGUGAGAGUGAAGACCGGGCAAAGACCCGGGAAAGAUUCAAUGAAGUGUUCAAGAAAUACACUGAAUCGGAGAAGAAAAAGGUGAAGAAGAAAAACACUGAAACUCAGGAGACUAUUGUGCUUCAGAACCUAAAAAAGAAUCUGAACCUUGAGAAGGACACAGAAGAAGAUGAGGCCAUCCUCCAGAACACAUAUCGCCCCGAACAGGGCAGCCCUCGCUACACUAAGAAUAAACGAAGAGAGAGGGAAACAGCGGAAAAGGUUAAUAUCAACAACAGUAGAAAUCAAGAGGAGAGUCAAACUUCAAAAGGCAAGAGGAAAAGUAAGAGGGAGCUUCCCUCCCUCCCUGUACCUGGGGACACCACAAGUUACAUCCAGAAGGAUGAAGAUCCUUCCAAGUCUGAAAUCGCUUUGGAGCCAGAUGAGGUAGGUGAUGGAAAGGAACUAAAGCGAAGAAGUAAGAAGGGGAAAAGCAAAGGAGCUACAGAGGCCAAGGCAGAGAGUCAGGUGGAGGACGCAGAGGACACGCUGCUGCAUGAAUACCAGCAGCAGAUUGUACAGGAGGAAGAGAGGACUUUAAAGAAGACAAGGGUCAAGACUGAGGAAGAGAGUGUUGUCUCCCAAGAUGUUGCGCUAAAUAAUUAUGUUGGAAAGAAGAAAAAGAAAAAGCUGAAAUCUGUAAUCACACAGUCGGAAGUAGGGGAUCAAGAUGAAGAUCCUGACCAGGAUGCUGAUGUGGAAAAUGAAACAGAAUCCAAGGGAAAGAAGAAAAAGAAGAAGAAAAAACACGUUGUCAAAGAAGAGAGUGAAACUGAGGCAGAAGUACCACAGCAACCAACAUUUGAUGACAGUCUUGUGCUGGGAGUGUGCGUUCACAGAACAGAUCGCCUCAAGACCGACCUACUGGUCUCACACCCCAUGGUGAAGAUCCAUGUUGUCGAUGAAAUCACUGGACAGUAUGUGAAGAAAGAAGACUGCCAUCGGCCAGUCUCCUCAUUUUAUGAGCAAGAGAACGUUGACCACAUUCUCCCCAUCAUGACUCAACCUUUUGACUUCAAGAAGAACAAAUCAGUCAUACCUGAGUGGCAGGAACAGAUAAUCUUCAAUGAACGCUUUGGUUACUUUGUUCAACAAAAUGACGAAAGCCCCAGAGUUAUACUUUUCUUUGAAAUCCUGGACUUCAUAACCAUGGAAGAAGCAAGAGCCAACGUUGAUGUUGACAAGCAUGAGCGAGGAUUCAGAAAGAUUGCAUGGGCAUUCCUCAAGCUUGUCGGCACAAAUGGUGUGCUGAAUACCGACAGUAAACUUCGCCUCCAGCUCUUCUGCCCUCCACCUCGGGCAAAGAGACAAUCUAAAACAAUUGAGGUGGUCGAGUGGUGGAGGAAGUCCCCCCGAAACAAAUACGCGUCCACCCUUUAUGUUACGGUGAAAGGCAUUAAACUCCCUGAGCAUGUGGACCCUAGUAUUCGGUCCAUGAUGGCACUGCAGGAGGAGAGGGGUAGCACCUCCUACAGUGAACUGCAGAAUGAGGUCACCAAGAAAAGCCUGACACAGCCUCUAGACAGCAAGCCACCAGUCUUGAGAUGGAGCAGGCUGCCUGGACAGGUCUGUCGGAUUCCUAACAAGCCCAUGCUGUCAUUCCGUGGUGGUCAGAUGGGCUGCUUCACAGUGCUCUUCUCUCAUGCCGGGACAAUACUGGCUGCUGCUUGUGCUGACAGAGAUGCUUUCCCUGUUGUAGUGUAUGAGAUUCCCUCUGGCAAGGUUUUGGCUGCCUUCAGUGGCCAUCUCAAAAUAGUUUAUGAUCUCUGCUGGUCCAGAGAUGAUCGGAGCCUUUUGUCUGCCUCCUCUGAUGGAACUGUCAGGGAGUGGAGUGUGGAGAGGCUUCUUGGAACGGCUCAGAAGGUGCUCCCUCAUCCAUCCUUUGUGUACUGUGCUCAGUACCACCCCACAGCCCAGAACCUGGUGGUGACCGGGGGCUAUGACUCUCUGGUACGAGUGUGGAGACUUGAUGUCAAUGAUGUGAAUGGCCAGCUGCUGCAGGAGUUUGAGGGUCACAACAGUUUCAUCAACACAGUUUGUUUUGACUCUGAAGGAAGGAGAAUGUUCUCUGCAGACAAUACAGGCUUAAUCAUUGUGUGGAAAACUUCAGUAAAUGACAGCAAGCAGCAUCAGCCAUGUCAUCGCUGGUGUACAGAGAAGAAAAUUGAUGAGAGUGACCUUCGCGGUAUCCCCAUCAGCAUGCUUCAACUCCAUCCAAACGGGCGAUGCCUGCUCAUCCAUGCCAAAGACAGUGUCCUGAGGAUGAUGGACUUGAGAAUCCUGGCUGUAAAGAAGUACACUGGAGCCACAAACUACAGAGAGAGGAUCUAUAGCACUUUUACGCCAUGUGGGAAUUUCAUCUUCUCUGGUAGCGAGGAUGGGAUGGCAUAUGUCUGGAAUACAGACACAGGUGACCAAGUUGCCGUCUACUCUGAGCUUUGUUACCCCACUUCUCUCCACUGCGUGUCAUUCCACCCUCAUGAAAACAUGGUUGCUUUCUGUGCCUUUGGUCAGAGCCAGCCUGUCCAUGUGUACCUGUACGAUCGCAAAGUUUCACAGCUGGAAGUGCACAAUAUAAAAGCAGCGUCAACUGUGAGCAGAUCAGCUUCUGCAGACACCAAAACCAUGAGAAACACACCUGACCCCCCAGUGUUACACGACAUAUCUACUGCUUCAGCCAUGGAUCAGUUUUCCCAAGCAACAAGACUUGCAUUGAAAAUGCAGUGUGUUAAGGAGCAACUAAAUUCCGUACUUGAUCCACAUCAGAGGUCUUCAACUUCUGGAUACAUUUAUGAGCAAGACAAAAUGGGAAUUACUCACACAGGGAGGAGCUUGACGUCAGAUUCUGGCACAACGGCAUUAAAUGCUUCGUUGCCUCCUCCGUCUCUUCUGUCACCGCACUCCAAGCUGCAGCUGUCUGGUUCUCUAGCGGAGCAGCUUAUCCCCCAGGCAGCUCUGAGCACCCAAAACCGCGGGUUCAGUCCAGUCGGUCAGCGUCUAAAAGGGGCUUCAUCUUUCAGGCUACAGACGACCCUUCCUGACCACAUUUCUUCAGGCAUCCAUGUGGAAACAGAUUCUGCACCUUUUCAACAAGUAGUCGUCUCGCUCUAUGACUACAGAGCUAAUCGAUCUGAUGAACUGACCAUACGCCGUGGUGAUGUCAUCCAAGUGCUGUACAAAGACAAUGACAACUGGUGGUUUGGGCGUCUGGCCAAUGGGCAGCAGGGAUAUUUUCUUGCUUCUUAUGUGGUAGAUCAAAGAGAUUUCAAUGAAGAGGCACACACAGUCUUGCCUGAGGGGACUGUUGAGAAGUCAACACCAACCAGGGUAUCUGCUGCAAUUAGUUCUUCUGGGGAACUUCGGUUUCUUUCUGAGCCGACCCUUUCUGACACCGAACCUGAGUUGACUGAUGCCAGAGCUAGAAGGAAAAAGAGGGUGAAAAAGCCAGGAGUCCCUGCACCUUCAUCUCAAGCCACAUUUUCAGAUGCAGAUGCUUCGGAGUCGACCAGCACUAGGAGGAGAGGCAGAUCAAAAGACAGACCUCUCCCAAAGAGACCGACGGGCCAGACUAACGGUGCCUUCGAGCCUGAUGCAUGAACUCAUGGACACGAUUGUUUUCGACUCGAGCGCAUUCAUCUUUUUUCUUUUUUUCGUGUAAAAUACAUUUUUGUAAUGACAGUAAACCUUGCAGGUGUGUUGUACUUUUACUGUUUGUUUUUUUUAUAUUUGAACAGUCAGUAUAUUCAUAUUCUGUAUUGUACUUAAUAUAGAUUGAUUGAUGAAACGUUAACAUUUUUUAAAUAAAAAAAAAUUGUCUUCACAAAGAAUUGUACAAUUUUAGGCAUUCUUUUUGUAUGUUUUACAUAUUUAUUGACGUAAGCAUAAAUGGACUUGUGUACAUUUACACUGAUGAUAUAGAAAACAUUUCUGUAAUAUUGUAGUUUUAUUUUCAUAGUAAGAGAUUAACAAAGUUUGUAUAUACCACUUCACAGCUAUAAAAAUACAGAUUAUUCAUUUCCAAAAGUUU